AUGCUGCAGCCCUCCCUCGACACCUUCUCGUUGGGAGUGAUGAUGCUUCAGGUCCUCUUCGUCGAGGAGGGGUCGCGGUUCAGUGGCAAGGCUCUGGCUACGCAUGGCUUCACCCCCAAGCACCCGAGCUUCCACUCAGCCGUCCAGAACGCCGCCUACCUGAAGCAGAAGUUCGAAGCAACGGGAACUGGUAUCGACAAGGAGCGGUUCGAGGAUGCUAGCACCGUCGUGCUCGACCUGCACGUGAACUACGCAGCUCAGCCCGCCAAGAUGGGAGACCUCCGCAGGACCAUCCUGAACCCGAGCAAGUGGAACCAGUCGGGGGAACUGCUCUUCCAGGAAGAGGUGUGA